AUGAGUGUCGCGUACGCCGUCGCAGGCGUGUUCGUCGCCUGGCUGCUCUACAUCUUCUUCCCGGCCGUCAAGUCGCGCCAGUGGUUUGCCCACCAGCUCAAUGGUCCCCCCUCACCGUCGUUUUUAACCGGCCGCUUCUUCAUCGACUUUUGGCAGAAGGACCACGCGCCGCACAUGGGCCAUGUCCAGCGCUACGGCAAGAUCUUCAAGUAUCCGUUUGCACUCGGCAUCCCAAUGAUCUUUAUUGCCGAUCCCUACAUUGUCUCCGAUGUCUACUCGCACCCGGACACGUACAAGAAGACCAAGGGCAUGAUCACGAUGCUGGACAAUCUGUUUGGACGGGGGCUGCUCUCGGCCGACGACGACUUUCACAAGCAGCUCCGACGCAUCAUCGCCCCCGCAUUCACUCCUUCCGUCAUCCGCAGCCUCUUCUCCGAGUUUUUGGAAGAGGCGUAUAGGCUGCAGGGACGCUUGCAGGACAAGGUCAAGGAGAACACCGAGGUUGACAUGCUCAACGAGCUGUCACGCACAACUCUCGACAUUUUUGGCACCACGGGCCUCGGGCAAGACCAGCUGGGCGACCCUUUGAACCGUCUAGGCCAGGCGUACACCUCUUUGAUCGGAGCUCUCACGGCCGACAUGGGCAAGUUUGGCAUGCUGCAGGUCAUCAUCACCCAGCUGCAAAUCAUACCGUCCGCCAUGAUGCGCAUGAUCAAAACGUCAAGGGCGAUCAUAGAGUCAAAGGGCAAGCAGAUGAUCGCACAGGCCGGGCAGAAGCGGGACAAGGACUUGCUGUCUCUGCUUGUCAAGUCGAAUUCGAACGAGUCGGCGUCCAAGCAGCUCUCCGAGCAGCAGAUCAUUGAACAAAUCACGACGAUUCUGUUUGCCGGCCACGAGACGGUGUCGACGUCGCUCAGCUGGACCCUGUACCAUCUCGCAGACAAUCCGUCACUGCAGACCCGCCUCCACGACGAGCUUUCAGAGCUGCCUGAAGAGCCGACCUUUGAGCAACUUGAUGCUUGCCCUCUGCUGGGCAAAGUAGUGCGAGAGAUUCUUCGCGUCUACCCUCCCGUUCCCUCCACACAGCGCGAGCUCGCGGUCGACCUGGAGAUUCCCCUGUCAGAGCCCGUGACGCUCAAGGACGGACGCGUCAUCACCUCGCUGCCGCUGAAGAAGGGCGAGGUGCUCAACCUCUCCGUCAUUUGCGCCAAUCGCGACAAGGACGUUUGGGGGUCUGACGCCGAAGAGUUCAACCCGGACCGCUUCGACCGCCCCAACACGCCUGCCAAGCAGAUCCCGUCCGCGUGGGGCAAUGUCCUCAGCUUCUCGCACGGGUCGCGCAACUGCAUCGGGUUCCGGUUUGCGCUCGCCGAGAUGAAGGCGCUGCUGUUUGUGAUCAUGCGCAACUGGCGAGUCGAGCGCGUCUGCCCUGUCGAGCACCGCAAUGGCAUCACCAGCCGUCCGUACGUUGACAAUAAGCCCAGCUGCCCGCUGCGCCUGCAUGCUUUGUAA